GCUGAGCGGGAUACUCUUGUGUACUACAUCACACUCGCUAAUUGCACCAUCUGUGGAGUGUUGUUCUGCUGCUUGUUUUACAAACGCCGUGUUUAGCAGAUGGGCCAGCUAGCUACUUUCUUCCUCCAACUGCUGCUCCAACUAGUUCGCUAAGUUGGACAGAUAAAAACUUCUGACAGAGGAGACGGACGAGUCCCGCUGUAGCUCCUGUUCCUGACGUGCGGACUUUUUACUUCGCGGUUUUCCUCGACACUUUAUUUCCAGUUUGUGUGUGUUUUUUUUCUUUCUUCUUCUUCUCCCUGCGCGUGAAGGAGGAGGAAGAGGAGGUGGACCCACGCUCAGCCGCCGGUCUCGUGGCUCCUUUGUAUACAGCAGCGGCAGCAGCAGCGGCAGCAGCAGCAGCAGCUGUGUGUAAAUGCAUGGACACAGCGCGUCUGCUGCUCUGUGAGGGACACCAGCUUCUUCUUGGGCUCAGUCCAGCCUGCGUGUCUUUAGAAAUGAAGCGGGCGUAGGAGAGGAAUACCAAAACUUUACCUUGCUCUCCUUUCCCUUUUCUGCCGUAGUUGUGUCGUUGAACCCCGACAGAGCUCGGGUCAGCUCCGCCGCCUCUCUCUUGUGCUCCAUCUGUCUGGUGCGCGCCUGGAUUGUAAACGGCACAAACGCACAGAGCUCGGUGCAGAACGGCUACAGCUGCGCGGCUCCACUCACUCAACAUGGAUGUAAGAUUUUAUCCGACUGCCGGUGGGAAUGCUAUUCCAGGAGAGCCACCGAACCUGGAUUUUGCCCACUGUCUGGGCUACUACAACUUCAAUAAGUUCCAGAACAACAACAACUACAUGAACAUGGCCGAGGCGAACGGUGCGCUGCUCGCUGCUGGGGAUACUUUUCAUACGCCCAGCCUGGGUGACGAGGAGUUUGAGAUUCCCCCUAUCACACCUCCACCUGAGACGGAGUCCGGUCUGGGUCUGUCAGAGGUGGACUCACCGUUCCCAGCGAUGCCAGAGCCCCCAGCUCCGCACAGGGGUCCCUUAAUCCCUCAGUUCCCCCCACAGAGCCUGGAUCUGCCCUCGAUUACCAUCUCACGCAACAUGAUGGACCAAGAGGGGGUGUCUGUCAACAAUGGCCAGCCUGUGAAUGUUGGACCGGGCCAUCUACGUCAGUACCCGCCCAACCCAGCCAUGGUGAUGAAGUCCAUCAUCAGCAUGAACAGCCCCAACGGCAUGAUAUCACGGAAUCAGCUGACCACCAUCAACCAAUCCCAACUCAACGCGCAGCUGAGCUUAAACAUGGCAGGACCCAACAUCACCCACACUUCCCCGUCACCGCCUGCCAGCAAGUCCGCGACCCCGUCCCCCUCCAGCUCGAUCAACGAAGACGACCAGGACGACGGCAACAGGGUCAUUGGAGAGAAGCGGCCAGCCCCCAUAGAUCCCACAAAGAAGCCCAAGACUCCCAAAAAGAAGAAGAAGAAGGAUCCCAAUGAGCCCCAGAAGCCGGUGUCUGCUUAUGCUCUGUUCUUCAGAGACACCCAGGCCGCCAUCAAGGGUCAGAAUCCCAACGCCACCUUUGGAGAAGUGUCCAAGAUCGUGGCGUCCAUGUGGGACGGUCUGGGAGAGGAACAGAAGCAGGUUUACAAAAGCAAAACAGAAGCUGCCAAGAAAGAAUAUUUAAAAGCCCUCGCAGCGUACCGUGCUAGCCUGGUUUCCAAGGCUGCAGCAGAAUCAGCUGAGGCCCAGACGAUCCGCUCAGUGCAGCAGACUCUGGCCUCCACCAGCCUGUCCCCUGGCCUGGUGCUGCCAUCGCCCCUCAACCAGCACCCCUCCAUGCCAUCAGCUUCCCAGGCCCUCCAACAAGCCCUGCCAAGGGCCAUUGCCCCAAAGCCCCUGCAGAUGAGACUAGGGGGCAGUCAGAUCGUAACCUCGGUUACAGUUUCCCACCAGAACAUGUCCUCCGGGAUGCCCCCGCAGCUGCUCGGCCAGAUGGGUGCCGGAGGGGCCAUGGUGGCGGGUGCCCAGUCCACAGCGGUGUCUCAGAUGAGCCCACCCAUGCAACCGGUGCAACAACAUGCGAUGCAGCAGCUCCAGCAGCAGCAGCAGCAGCAACAGCAGCAGCAGAUGCAGCAGCACCUCCAGCACCAUCAGAUGCAGCAGCAGCAGAUGCACCACCAGCAGAUCCAGCAGCAGAUGCAGCAUCAGCAUUUCCAGCACCACCUCCAGCAACAGCUGCAACAGCACCACAUGCAGCAGCAGCAGCAGCAACAACAACAGCAACAGCAGCAGCAGCAGCAACAACAGCAGCAGCACAUGCAGCUGCAGCACAUGCAGAUGCAGCAUCAGCUGCAUCAGCAGCAGAUUCAACAUCUCCAGCAGCAGCAGCAGCAGCAACAACAGCAACAGCAACAACAACAGCAGCAGCAGCAGCAGCAGCAUCAGUCCCAGUGUUCCCCACCCCAGCACUCUCCUGGUACACCCCAUUCAGUGGGAGGCUCUACUUCCCUCGGCAGCCCCCAGCCAGCCCCGCAGCAGCAACCACACCCCUCCCAAAUCCAGGCCCACGCCCAGGUCCUGUCCCAGGUCAGCAUUUACUGAGCCAAAUGGAAAUCCUAUCUCAAAGAACAGGAAUAGAAUAAAAGCAUCAUUCCACGUUGCUUUUCUAAGUUGCACUUAAGAAGUGUUUAAGAUUUAGAAUGUUAUACAAAGAACUUGUCCAUCGUUAUAGCCAGAUAUGCACAUGCGUGUACAGGAGGUAAACAUGUUAGCUGGGUUUUUGUCUAUAAAAUAGGCUGCGCUAUGACAGAAGCCUGUUGGGGUGAGCACCCAGUGAUUGUUUAUUUGUUUGUUUGUGAGGUCUUUCAGUUGUCAAGUUGAACUGACUGGGCACACAAUAUGUUGAAAGAUGUGUAUCUUUCACUGUUUUAUUUAACAAUAAAGCUUUAUUUAUGAGGCCAGAGUUGGACAGUGUAAGGACAUUCUGAAUGCGUUUCAGCAAAAAAGGAUUUUUAUCAGCUCUUGCCUGGACUGAAUGACUCACAGGAUCCUUGCUGGAAACCAGUAACCCACACAUCAGUCUUUGUUCCCACACUGGCCAGUAUAUAGCAGACUUUCUUUACUCCAACCUUUCUCUUUCACCCAUCCUUCUCGCAGAUGUAACUGUUCAAAUCAUCACACGUUGGAGGCUCAGCGAUAGUCGAACGUACGUUUAUAAAUCAUGUUACAAACACAGACAAUGUCUUUAGAAGAGGGGAACUGAUAAUAAAAAGGUUUCGGGAUGCAGAUCUGUGGAUGAACGACUGAACAGACGGAGACAGAAACUGCCAUAAAUCAUUUACGUCAUCACAUCAUCAAACUGUAGCUGUAAUCUGCUGUACAUGUUUUGUAGAGUGGGGAGAGAUGAGACCUCCUUUACCCAGUAAGAUAAUUUGCCCAAAAUCGUGUAACUGGCAGCACUCUUCCCCCCCCUCCCCCCCGAAAAAAAAUUCUUCUUUAAUCUAUUUGUUUUUACUUCAGAUGUUUAACAAUUAAAUUAUGUUUUUAUUUUGUGUAACAAAGGGGAUAUUUUAUGGUAAAUACAAAUUUCCGGAUCAAGGCAGAUGGUUUGGGGAUUGAUGUAUUUUUACUCUGCUCCUUGAUACUGUCAUUGUUUUAAAAAAAGAAAACUAGCAGAGCCAGUUUGUUGCACUGCCAAAGCCAACUAAAAAGGCAUCGGAGGUAUUUUUGCCAGCUGUACAGAAGUCCCUGGAAAAAAAACAAAAAAAGAAAAUGUUGUACAUUUUUCAUAUCACCUGUUGUAAAGUUUUAAUAUGUGAGGCUUUAAUUAAAACAUUGUUAAACGACCUGUGGAUUGCUAUAUCACAUAGUGCAUUUCUGCUCUUUUAUACUUUUUUAUGAGUUACAAUAGCAGCAAUUAAUUUUGUUUGUAUUUUUGCUUAUAAACCAAUUGCAUUUGAAAAACUGUCCAUAGAAUAAAUGCAUAUUGGUAUGGAGUUCUUGGAAAAAAAGUUGUUUUCAGCUCACGAUAGAAAAAGUAAUUUAAUGUUGGAGUUCUUUGCUCAGCCAUGAAGACGAAUCCGGAGACAUUCCAUCACUAAUAUGAUAGUAGCCAUAAUUUUGUAUGAAGUAUUAUAUAUUUCUUUGUGUCUCUGUUCAAAAUUAAACUAUCAAUCACAAAUAUUUAUUUGAAGGAAUCGGUUUCUUUCAAAAGUUAGCCAUAAUUUCUAUGGGGUUCCUCUUGACGUCUCCUUGUACGCUACUGAAAAGAAAUACGGUGAUAAAUAUUCAUAGCGCUCGGUUCUCUACGAGAUAUAAACAAACAAAAAAAGAAUCAAAUAAAUUUGUAUGUUUUCUAUGGAGUAAUUCUAUAAGAGAAAAGAUACUUGGCAGGGAUAUAUGAGCAUUGGUGUUGGAAUUAUUAUAGUGUGUGCUGUUUCUCAGUGAUUUGAAUGGAAGUUCAUUGUAACUGUGUGUAAAAAAAACAGUGUUGAUACUGGACAAGGUCAGCAUGUAACUGGUACUUGUCUCAAUAACAGUCCCCUUCUCACACACCA